AUGCGGGAUGACUUGCCGCCUGCUAGUGAGGUGGCGAAACAGGUAAAGGAUUACUGAUGCGCUCAUGGCGCGUAUACGGAUGUUCAUGAUAUGUGUACGUGUAGCGUGCAUGCUGCUUCUUCUCUUUGUUUGUGCAUACAGGCCUUCAGCUCUCUGCCAGCUCCGCUGGACACAUCAGCUUCGACUCUUCUCUACGCAUGGGGCCAGUUCAUUAUUUCACACAUUUCCCAGUCAAGAAAGGCACACGACGAACAAAUCGGUUUGGCCUUCCCUACCCGUCACUCUCCCUCAUAUGCCGCCAACUGCUCUUCUUUUUCAGGUACCUCUUUCUUCCGCAGUGCCUAUACGGUCAUUGAGGGCAUCAGACAUCCGAUAAAUCGCAAGAGUGUGUUUAUAGAUGGGUCAUCUCUCUAUGGAGAAAAUGAGAAACAGAGAAGGACGGUGAGAGAGGGAAAGGGAGGUAGGGUAAGAUUGGAUAGCAGCGGCUUGCCUGAGGGAGAGGGGAAGGAGAAGGAUGAAUGUCGGCAUUUUGCCUUUGCGGAUCCUUUGUUGAAUCUUCAUCCGCUGCUAAGCGUCUUUGCUAUUGGUGAGUACACACACGUAGUACACGUUGAUAUGCAUACCCGUACAUACUGAAAAAAGAAAUACAAGAGUGAGCUCUGUUUUGUCCUUCAUUCGCUUUUGCGUAACGCACAUGCGAAUCAAUGUAUGCGUGCAUAUCUAUUUGUGUCUUUACCUAUAUCCAGUUCUCCUUCGCGAGCACAAUCGCUAUGCAGCCGUACUGGCUUUGCGUCAUCCUCAGUGGUCGGAUGAUGACAUCUUUUACGAAGCGAAAGCAUGGAUUGUGGCACUCAUGCAGAAGAUUACACUCGAACAGGUGGCGAGAAAAGUGUUUCGACCUACACUGUACCUGUCUCUACGCAUGUUGCUGUUUCAUAAUUAUGCAUGCUCUGGGGCAAAUGUGCAUAUGGAUGUAUACAUGAAUGUACACUAUGUAUCCUUAUGUGUGUCGUUUCAGUAUUUGCCGGUCCUCCUUGGACAUCCGUUGCCUCCCUAUCGAGGCCAUGACCCAGCCAUCGAUCCUUCAAUUGACGUCUUCGUAGCAUCCACUGUAUUUAGGUAUAUACACGCAUGUACGGCAAGACGGAUGUACAUAUAUAUAUGGUCGACAGCUCGUCUUGGUUUUCAGGUAUGGCCCUUUCAUUAUUCCUCCUCUUAUUCACCUUUACGACCCAAUUACCCUCAAGCCACACCCACUCGGUAUGCACCAUUUUGCAUCUUAGCUAUACAUAUACAUACGCUACAUGCACAUACACACACAUAUGGUACCAGAUAUAUACAAACAUGUCCACAUGUAGGCCCCAUCCCCCUCUCCUCCACCAUCUGCCACCCCUAUACUCUGCGAUCAAUCAACGUCGAGCCCUUCAUAUUUGGAGCACUCCUACAGGCGGCAGCACUCAUGCGAGGAAGAAUGAAUACAGGUGGCGUGAUUGUCAAGGCAGAUAAACACUCUAUCCGAUGCAUGCAUGCGAACACGUAAUGUGUAUGCCUCUAAUGAUGCGUGGAAUGUUUUUUGUACCUCCAUGCAGAUAUCCGUCACACGCCUCCCCCUUCCUCCUGCAACGACACCUCUAACUGUGCAUUCGACCUCGCAGCAGUCGAUGUGCUGAGGGGAAGAGACUGGGGCGUAGGUAAGUCUGUUGUCGUAGAUGGUCAGAUUGUCCCUUCCCUACAUACGUAUCUCACUCAUCGCGCAAAAGAAUACGUAAAUCCUUUGUGCUUUCGAUGGAUUUCCACCUCUGUGUCUAUUUCAUCGUCAGGCUUCUAUAAUGAUGUGCGGCAGAGCUAUGAAUUAUCGAGAGUGGAGAGUUUUAGGGAAUUUGGUGAGAUGGGUGACGUGUUGGAAGAGGUGUAUGGUGAUGUUGACAGGAUAGAGGCUUAUGUGGGAGCGAAUUUAGGUGAAAGGGGGGUGUGGGAGAUAUUGACAGAUCUUGUUAAUUAGUGAAAAUAUGCGUCUGUAGUAGCAAAUAUGUGCUUGAGUAUUAUCCAUGCCUUUCCUUUUUUGGCUCCAUGCAGAAAUGCUGCGUCAUUCUCCCUCUGUCGAAAGUCAUGGCGUCCUUCCGCCUCUUGACAAAGCAGCUACACAUGACACUUUUCAGAAAAUAAGACAUGCAGAUCCAAGGUGAGAGGCAUAGAGAAGGCCAUGAAUCUUGAUACUUGUCCAACCAUGUAUUGUGCGUCAGAUGGUUUGAGAAUUAUCUGUCUUAUUUCGACAGCUUCCGUACGAACAUCGCUUCCUCUCCCCCUCCUCCUCCCUCCUUUCCAUUCAAAGAUGUCGAACUCGCUAAGCAGCUCGUUUCAGUAUCUCUUGCAGACGUCUUGAUGUGGAAUACGCGCCUCUGUCGUUAUAUCCCGAGUAACCCAUUCCGCUUCUCCCCUGAAGAGGUCUUCUCCAACAUUUAUGUUUCAUCCCCUCUUUCUCCCUUCUUCGCCCCGUCGCCCUUAUAUGCGCAAUGUGACGAUACUUACCAUAAAGUAAAGGGAGGGAAAGAAGAAAAUGACGAUCCUUCCGUACGUACAAUGCAACUAUGUGAGGGCGAUCUGUUGAUUCGGUGGAAAGUUACUGAUAUGACUGAUGAGAUUGACUUUGAACUGAGAGGGCGCACGACAGGUGAGUCGGCACACAUAUACAUAUACACAUGGAUUUCUUCUCCUUCAUAUGUACAUGUGUCUAUCCAUCCACCAGGUUGGGUAGGUAUCGGCUUCUCGUCAAACGGCCGUAUGCACGACUCAACACUCCUCAUCGCCCACAAUCUCCACAACCAAACCAGUAUACCAAUCGUCCAAGCCUAUCGAGCAGGAAGCGACCGUCUACCUCGCUUAGAUGACGAGCGGUCGAAGGCAAUACGUGUGAUGGAAGGGAGAGAGGAAGAAGGAUGGACUACUGUGAGGUUUGCCGUAAGAUUGGGCGAUAUAGGCAUCGACAUUAGCGGAGAGGAAAGAAAGACCACGUGGUUCUUGGGUGCUGUUGGGCCGGAUGGGAAGAAGGGUCUGUGUGAGGGAGAGGUGAGUGAGACGGGAUGGAUGGAAGGAAAGACGUACAAAGGAAUGUAUAUAUACGCAGAGAGGGGGAUAUUGGUGCUUACAUUGCAUGCACUGUAUUUAGCUGUAAAUCAUCUUUCGAGCUCUCUCUCUCUAUAUAUGUGUGGGUGCCUGCAGGAUGCCUACCACCAAGGCAAACGGCAAUCAGUCCAAGUGGACUUUAUACGAGGAAGGGGCACUAUCACUGCUAACGACUAUCGACCUGUGAUGUGGGUUCACGGGGCGAUCAUGUGGGUGGCGGCAACUUUCCUUCUGCCGUUAGCCGUGUGUAUAUCGAGAUAUUUCAAGCAUACGAAGUGGUAGGAGGGAUAUUUACGGAGUGAGGGACCUUUACACAUAUAUAUCACAAAAAGAUACGUACAGACAAUGGACGACAUAUGUAUACAUUGAUUGUUUUCUCUCAUAUAUACAUUCAUGUGCAUCUCUUUUCUCAGGUGGUUGUCAGCCCACGAACGUAUCGGAAUUACCCUAGCAGGCAACAUGGUUGGCCUAGUAUUUACCGCCAUCGCCGAAAAGAACGCACGAAUUGCUACCGUUCAUGGGGUGGUCGGUCUUGGAUUGGCUGCUAUGGUGCUUUUCCUGCUGGUCUCGGGCUUCAUUAACCGGAAGUGGCAGGCCUUGGUAGGUUGGUCGACGGACAACACGAGAGAUGUAUACGUGUAUACGUACGUCCAUGUGUAUGCAUACAGAUGCACAUGCAUAUAUAUAUAUAUGUCUAUACAUACGCAUAUAUACAGAUGUACGUGAACACAGGCGGAUGGACAUAUACAUAGAACCAUCACUGUCCUCACAGGCCUCCAAAAGGAUCGUCAGCCGUCAGACAUUCAGACUCUUCCGUUGUCUUCACGCAUUCAUGGGCAAAGCUCUCUUAUUCGGUGCUUUCGGGAGCUCCAUCCGAGGUAUGUGCUCUACUUUUUCUACAUACACCUUAGUGCGUAUUCGUUUGUCACCUCUGAGUUAAUCCUUGUUUUUUGACAUGUAGGCUGCAUGCUUCUCUUUCCCACGACUCCGUGGGUCUGGCAGGCUCAACUGGCCCUAUGUGUAGUAAUUUGCGUCGUCAUAUGUCCGUUAGAAGUGAGACGGCGUUAUCCGAGGAUGUUUUGUAGUAUCUGUCAUGCGCUGCCGCGGGGAAUGCAGGUAUGUAAGAAGGGAGGUGGGAGCUUUCCUAUAUCUGACUAUACACUAUGCAGAUACGUGCGCGCAUGUGUAUAUCUAUGUUGCAGAUGGGCAUUCUCACUCCCUUGGACCUCAGCUAUGUGUCCUCUCUUUCCCACAACACUGACCCAGGCCCUAAAUCUUCAUACCUCAAGCAGUGUUUUAAGUGGCUCUGCUUCGGUAUAUAUGCAUAUUAUCGCAUGAAAAGAACACCGAUUUAUCUUUGGUUCCGAUUCAUCUUUGGCUCAUCUCUCCUCUCCUUUGUCACAACAGAUAGGAAGGGCCCUCGUUCGAUCCGUGCAGCAGAACGGCUGUUCACGUAUGAUGAAGUGUGUGAUGCGGUAGAGAAAGGGGGUCAGUGGGUGGCUGUCAUAGAUGGUGUGUAUGAUGUGAAGGGAUUCUUGGGAGCACAUCCGGGUAAGAUAAUGAAGGGGGCAAGGAUUUGAUAUUGCAACUAUUUGUAAAUGGAUGGAUGAGCUGUGCUUGGUAUGUGUGCGUUCGGUACGUGUGUGCUGUGACAGGUGGGAGUGCUUUAAUCGAAAGGCAUAUUGGCUGUGAUAUCACGUUUCUGUUUCUGGGGUAUGCGUAUGUACGUAUGUAUGUAUGUACGAAUCUAUGUAAAGCAAUACCUCAUGAAAUACCCGUAUUGUAUUGCGGCAGCCUGGAGGAGUCCAGGAGGAAUUUUUUGCCACAGAGACGUACAUCGACUAUGACCGCUACAUCAUGGACCUUCCUAAGGAGACGGUCAUUGCGUAAGCUAAUAUUUACAUGCUUCUAAUGUCCUCAUCUUAUUGCAUACAUGUUUAUUGCAUCUGUCUGCACACAUACUUAGUUAGACCUCCCCAGCCUGACACAGUUGCACCUCCGAAGUCCAAUAUAGCACCGUCAUCUUUACGGUCGUCUUCUCCAUUACCCAUCAGCAAUCAACUUGGUACGCCAUCGCACAUAAUGGAGGACAUCAAGAUGCCCUUUCAUAAUGUCAAGUUGGUUUUUGCAGAUACACUGGACCCGACAAGAACUGGGAGGACACACAGUGUGUUUGCUGCCUACACGCUGAAAGGAUACAGGUAUGUAGAGUCGUAUGGAUGUUAUGUAGGCAUAUGCAUAUAUACAACUGCAAGGACAGAUAUGUAUGUAUCUCUCUGUGACUGUCUGUGUAUAGAGUUGGCACCUUGAUCACUUCCAGUAGCCCAUACGAUGAACGCAACGAGCUAGACCUCUCUUUUACACCGCCUCCCUCCUACUACGCACAACGCACUUUCUGUCUCAAUGUCAAACAGAGAGAUGCUCUCACUGUCUUGACAAAUAACAGACUCUCUUCAAUCCGCUCGUCAUCCGAUCGACUUCCGAAGAAGGCCGAUACGAUAUUGUUUCCAGAGACAAAUGAGGAUAAGGCAGAGGGCAAGGCAGACAAGAGAGUCAUUGCGGGGUAAGCUGGUGAGAAAGAGGCAUCUAUUCAUGUAUACAUAAGUCUCACUAUACAUGAAUACCUUCGUGGGUCACUGAUAUUAUUCUCCUCUACUUUUCUUCUGUUUCCUUUGCCUUUUACAGGUUAUACCAGGAGAUGCACGUGGUAGAGAACGUCAUGCUGAGUCGAUGUGCGAAGCGAGACAAGGGCCUUCUACCCGUCCACCGCCUGACGCUCGAAAGCUUAGUGCCUCUUGCCGUGCACUCAUAUCGACCAGGUGAGAAAACACAUACAACAUACAAACAUGUCCUUCGUAUGUAUGUAUAUAUGCUAUUCCUUCACCUUUCAGGCAUGCACGUGGAGGUUCUAGAAGAUAUCGAUGGUCGUCGCUUAAAACGUUCCUAUAGCGUUGCGUCCUCUCCCACCCCCCAUCGCUUAAGCCUCCUCUUCAAAGUCUACCCUACCGCAGGACGGGGCAUGUCCCAGACACUAUCCAACGUGCGUCCAGGUGAUACCAUUCGUGUGAGAGGCUUCAAAGGACCGGAUCUUCUUGAGGGCGCGCCCCUUCUGCCCUCUACCAUCGAGAACAAGACCAUGUGGCACGAGUUUUGGCCGUAUUGUGGUGUGAUAGUCGGAGGGACUGGUAUUGUUGCUUUGCUGAACUUCAUAAGGCAUCAGGAGCAUGCGCUGAAGGCUCUUAGAGACAACCCAGCGAUUGAUACAUCUGGGACGGAAAUGGGGUUGAUUUUCGCGGCCAAGGAUAUGGAUGAGGCAAAGGUAGGUAUGACAUAAGUGUACAUAUAUGCACAUAUAUUCCAAUCAAUAUGUUACGUCGCUUACAUUCGCUUACGUGUACGUCUGCGUACUUGCAUAUAUGAUUGCGUUCAGGCGCUUGGCUGGGAUGAGGUUUGUGAGCUGAAGAGGGGGCUGGCCAUGAAGAAAAACGGCGUAUCGCAUUACAUGCAUGGGCGACUGAUGCUGUCUCGGGUCGGCUAUGAACUAUCCGGUGAUUCCCCAGACGUCCCGGAAGGAGACAAUGAUGUUCGAGUGGGCAUCAUAGAUUCUUUCACGCUCAAGGAGGGCAUCCCCUUCCUCCAUGCAUUGGCUGAGAUAGCGAAGCAAAGUAAGCCAGAGAUCCACGGAAGUGUCGAAGUGACGGCGAGAGAAGCAUCUUCGGAUACCAUGCAUUUCUCGACUCCAGGAAAUCGGUUGUCGACCGAUGGGGAGCAAGAUAUACGGACGCUUCCGAACAUAGAUACGUCCAUGAAUUUAGAGGACUCCAUGCCAUCGAGCAACAUGCCUUUCAAGUCCAACCACUUGGACAAAUCCAUCCAUACAACGAGUGAGAGAUGGCAGUCUGGGAAGCCGACGCUCAGAACGUCCCGUAUUUUUAUCUGUGGGCCGCAGUCGUUCAGAGAUGGAAUGUGGUUGGUUCUUGA